AUGACUAUAACACCCAACCUUAUUGGCCAAGAACAGGAUGAUGCCGGCCUGGAAGCGCACCAAUUCUAUCCAUUGGUUCAGAUCAAGUGCUCACCUGACCUGCAAACAUUUAUCUGCUCUGUGUAUGCACCGGAGUGCCCGCCCUCGCAGGACUACCCAAUCCCGCCGUGUCGUUCCCUUUGCGCGUCAGCGCGUGAAGGCUGUGAGCCUAUAAUGAUUAAGUUUGGUUUCCUAUGGCCCGAGCAUUUCGACUGUGACAAGUUUCCAGAAGUUGGCUCUUCCGAGCUUUGCGUCCGGGGAAACGCAACUCAUCCUCUUGUCAACGAAACGCCGCAGACACCUGAUAUUUGA